UACUCCUCACUAUUAUUAAUUUUUUGUUACACAUCUCUCUCGUGAAUCUUUCUUUCCAUCCCCAUAAAAACAGGCCAUACACGCUUCAGCUCUCACAAACUUUGGUUCAUUUCAUCUCAUUCUUUCCCUGUAACAGCAAUGGCUAUUAUGAACUAACGAAGCAGAAACCAAAGGAUACUAUAUUCUUCUCUCUACCAAGUUACGAUGCCGGUUAUGAACCUGGUGACCAAUGUCCCGGUCGACUCUGUUGUCAUUUCAGACAUCCUCAAAGAUGCCACUAAAGCUGUCGCCAGGAUAAUAGGCAAGCCUGAAUCAUAUGUUAUGAUUCUAUUGAAUGGGGGGGUGCCAAUUUCAUUGGGUGGAAUUGAGGAGCCUGCAGCCUAUGGUGAAUUAACCUCUAUUGGGGGACUGGGUCCAAGUGUUAAUGGGAAGCUGAGUGCUGCCAUUGCUGAUAUACUUGAAACGAAGCUCUCCAUUUCUCGCUCCAGGUUUUACAUCAAGUUUUUCGAUGUCGAGCGCUCGUUCUUUGGUUUCAAUGGAUCAACAUUUUGAAGUUGUCUGGUGAAAUACUGCAUAAGCUUGUGGAGCUUUGCUUGUCAUUUGCAGAUCUCAUUGUUUUCUUCUAGUUUUUGUUGUAUGGACCAACAUUUUAAGGUUCUGUUGAAAUAAUGCAUAAGCUUGUGGAGCUUUGUGGUUGCUUCUUGUCGUUUGCAGAGCUCAUUAUUUGCUUCUAGUGUUUGUCGUUUGAACUUAAAUCUCCACUGGCGCAAGUGGGUGUUAGCCAGGUUUCGACUAUGCAAUAUUUGGUCAGUGCUUCAUGUU